GGGCAGCUCGCGCCUGCCUGCCGUGUCUAUAUAAAGCCGCGGGCGGCGCCGGCCCACAUCUGUCCCGCCAGGACCAUGCGAGGUGUAGCUCUCUUCAUGCCAAGGUUGGACAGAAUGCCAGGGGUGUUCUUUGCUGCUGCCCCGAAGGACCUAAAAGGCAUGGACUCCUCGCUUCUGGAUGACAAGAUGCCCAAGAGGAGGCCAAAGACUUUCGGAAUGGACAUGAAAGCCUACUUGAGAUCCAUGAUCCCACACCUGGAGUCUGGGAUGAAGCCUUCCAAGUCCAAGGACAUACUUUCUGCGGACGAAGUAAUGCAGUGGUCUCAGUCUCUGGAGAAACUUCUUGCCAACCAAACUGGUCAAGAUGUUUUUGGAAGUUUCCUGAAGUCUGAGUUCAGUGAGGAGAACAUUGAGUUCUGGCUGGCUUGUGAAGACUAUAAAAAAACGGAGUCUGAGCUCCUGCAUGGCAAAGCAGAGAAAAUAUACAAAGCUUUUGUGCAUUCGGACGCUGCUAAACAAAUCAACAUUGACUUUCGCACUCGAGAAUCCACAGCCAAGAAGAUCAAAGCUCCAACCCCCGCGUGUUUUGAUGAAGCCCAAAAAAUUAUAUACACGCUUAUGGAAAAGGACUCCUAUCCCAGGUUCCUCAAAUCAAAUAUCUACUUAAAUCUUCUCAAUGACCUUCAGGCGAAUAGUCUCAAGUGACUGUGUCCCAGCUGGAGGGCAUUACAGAUGGUAUCAGGUACAAAAGAGAUGUUCCCGGAUGACUCCCUGGGCGAGCCACUUGGCCGUUUGGGGUGACUGGACCGGCCCAGGGAGAGAUCAAGGCACUCAGAAUGGACUAACAGGGACCUUAUCCAAAGCAGGAGCUCCUGGUGACACUGAGGAAGGGUGGAAGGAAGGAGGUACUUUGGUACUGUCGUAAAAUAGAGCGACCUGCGUACUAGAAAACCCUCAGCAGACACAGCCCAGCCAUGCUAGUUACACAGAAACUGUGAAUAAAGGUUUGAAACUGAUUGAGACAAGCUACAAGCUUCCAGGUCAACUGACGUCCAUGCUGCAUAUUAUUAUAUAGAGAUUGUUUUGAGCUGCUGAAAUCUCUUUCACUCAGAUGACUCUUUGAAAAGAGAAUGUGUUUCGAAAGCUCCGUUGCUGUUAUUGACACCAGGUGUUUUUGGUGUUUUGUUGUUUGAUCGCUUUUGGCUUGAAAGAGACAAAGAAAAGAACAAUGUAUUUAACUUAAGCUAUUGCUCUUAAAACAGAGAAGUUGGGAUAUAUUUGCAAAUUAAGUUAUCAAGUGUCAAUAAUAAA